GAACUAUAAACUAUACCAGCAAAAUUUUCAAUCUCUCAUUAACGGAAGAUCGAACAUUAACAAUACAAAACAAAAGUUGUACAACAGUACUAAAAUUACCACCACCUUCUGAGGUGGAGAAAAAUACACGCAGAGGAUAUCGUACCGUCUCCGU